AUGGCUGCUCCACAGAAAUCGAAAAAAUCUCCUGUAGAUGAUGGAAAUUACGAUAAAGAGGUGCGAUUUGAAAUAAUAAGAUGACGAGAAUUUAAAAUUCAAGGUCAUUUGCAAGCAUCCCGAUCUUGAAUUAGCACAAGUUCGCUUUUUGGUCAACCAUCCAGAGCUGGACAAGGACAUUAAAACUCAGAAGCUUGCAGUUCUUCAGGAGGCUCGUUUUUCGAACUUUAGCUAGCUAGUUUUCCUUUUUCAGGCUAUAAAGCAAUACGAUAUGGCUCCAUUCUACGAAUUGAUUUGUUCCGAGUUGAAUACUCAGGUCGAUCAAUCGCAGCUGUCCAAAAUGAAGGCGGCAAAUGAGAAAGUCAUUAAGGAUAUUGAUGCCGAGAUAGAGGACGCAGAGAAAAAUCUCGGUUUUUACUUCUAGUUGAAUUAACAUACACUUAAGGUGAAUUCAGGGGAAUCGGAGGUGAGACAGGCCUUGUUGCGAAAGUUCGAGUAUUACUGCCAGAUCGGUGACAAGGAAAAUGCCCAGAAAGCUUACACAGUAUGUUGAUUAUUCAAGCGGAUUCUUACUUUUUCUCUAGGCAACGUACGAAAAGACAGUGGGUAUGGGAUACCGCAUUGAUCUCGUUUUUGCCAUGAUCCGCGUCGGAUUGUUUUUCCUGGAUCAUCACCUGAUCAACAAGUUCCUCUCCAAAGCAAAGGAGCUCAUGGAGCAGGUAUUAUUCACGAUCCUUUGUUCAAAUUAAGAAGGAUAUUUGUACUUUUUAUUCAAUUUUCUUUCAGGGUGGCGAUUGGGAAAGGAAAAACCGAUUGCGUUCCUAUGAAGCUCUCUACAAAAUGUCGGUUCGAGACUUCAGCGGAGCGGCCAAUCUUUUCCUCGAAGCUGUCCCUACUUUUGGCUCCUACGAGCUCAUGACUUAUGAAAACCUUGUCAUGUAUGCUGUUAUCACCGCUACGUUUGGUUCGUAAAUGAUUUCAAUGAUUUCUCUUACUUUUUAUCCUUUCAGCUCUAGAGAGACCCGACUUGCGAACGAAAGUGAUCAAAUGCAAUGAGAUUCAGGAGCAGGUAAUUUUUACCUUUGAGUACUUACAAAAGUGAUUUUCAAAUAUUCUUAGGUUGAAAUUUUUGUUAAUUUUUUUCCUUUUGUUUAUGCAGUGGAGUUGUAGAAGUUUCCAAGAAACAAUUUUUACAGUUAACCGGAGGCGGAAUAAACGGCUCUCUGAUCCCCGUCCGCGAAUAUCUUGAAGCUUAUUAUGACUGCCAUUAUGAUCGUUUUUUUCAUUCAGUUGGCACAGCUUGAAAGUGAACGGGUGAGUUGCUUUUUAUUGUUCUAAAGGAUUUUUUUUUUAUUGACUUAGUAUAAUAAAAUAAAAAUCACAUGCCGUAAGGAGACAUAGCUCUUCAACAAGUUGGUUUACACAUCCUUUAUUUAUAGAUUCUUUUUUUUUCAUAUAUUUGGGAGUUUUCCGAACUAGGAAUGCGGGUUAUUUUCAAGAUUUACUCUGUGUAAGAACUUCUAUCGUGAAUAUUCAAGUAUAUUUUUCUCUAUUAUUAGUAUAACUUUUUCUUCAUUGUUGCAUAUAUAGUAGCAUAAUUUUCUCUAUUAUUCCCAAAUGUGAAGUUGCAUUUUGCUUCUUUCUCGGCUGGAAAUUGUUCUUAUAAAACUCAUCUAUUCAAUAGAUGCAAAAAACGGGACUUUGUUAUGACAUGUUUCAGUUCAAAUUCGACCGCUACCUGUCGCCGCAUUUCAAUUUUUACUCUCGAGCAAUGAGACAUCGCGCUUACGAGCAGUUCUUGACGCCCUACAAGACGGUAUAUUUGGGGAAUCUUACAAAAUUUGAAAAUGGAUUCAGGUGCGGAUGGACAUGAUGGCGAAAGACUUUGGAGUUUCGCGAGCCUUCGUUGACCGCGAAUUGCACCGUCUGAUCGGAACUGGACAGCUGCAGUGCCGCAUCGACGCCGUCAAUGGCGUCAUCGAGAUGAACCAUCGCGACUCCAAGAAUCACUUGUACAAAGCCGUUAUCAAAGACGGCGACAUCUUACUGAAUCGAAUCCAGAAACUCGCCCGUGUUAUUAACGCUUAA